GUGCAAGCAGCAGCAGCGGCGGCGGCAGCGGCGUAGCACACGCGUCCUCCGCAGGAGCAGCAGGGAAAAAAAAUCCUCAUCAAAUCCUCACCUAAGCUUUCUGUGUAUCCAGAUCCACAUCUUCACUCAAGCCGGGAAAGGGAAAGAGGAAAGGGGGGGGAGGAAAAAAAAAAACCCCAGCAACUUAGCGGAAACUUCUCAGAGAAUGCUCCAAAACUCAGCAGUGCUUCUGGUGCUGGUGAUGAGUGUUUCUGCAACCCAUGAGGCGGAGCAGAAUGACUCUGUGAGCCCCAGGAAAUCCCGGGUGGCAGCUCAGAACUCAGCUGAAGUGGUCCGCUGCCUCAACAGUGCCCUGCAGGUCGGCUGUGGGGCUUUUGCAUGCCUGGAAAACUCCACCUGUGACACAGAUGGGAUGUACGACAUCUGUAAAUCCUUCUUGUACAGCGCUGCUAAAUUUGACACUCAGGGAAAAGCAUUUGUCAAAGAGAGCUUAAAGUGCAUCGCCAAUGGGGUCACCUCCAAGGUCUUCCUUGCUAUUCGGAGGUGCUCCACAUUCCAGAGGAUGAUUGCGGAGGUGCAGGAAGAGUGCUACAGCAAGCUGAAUGUGUGCGGCAUCGCCAAGCGCAAUCCCGAAGCCAUCACAGAGGUGGUCCAGCUGCCCAAUCACUUCUCCAACAGAUACUAUAACAGACUUGUCCGGAGCCUGCUGGAAUGUGACGAAGACACAGUCAGCACCAUUAGGGACAGCCUCAUGGAGAAAAUCGGGCCCAACAUGGCCAGCCUGUUCCACAUCCUACAGACGGACCACUGUGCCCAAACGCACGCGCGAGCUGACUUCAACAGGAGACGCACCAGCGAGCCACAGAAGCUAAAAGUCCUCCUCAGGAACCUCCGAGGUGAGGGGGACUCUCCCUCCCACAGCAAAAGCACAUCCCAGGAGAGCACAUAACCAGGGAGAGGUAUUCACCACCUCGCCAAACUAGUUAGCAUUUUAGCGGUGUUCACGCACCAACGUUGAGUGUUGUGUGCCUGGUUUGAUUUUUUUUUUUUUUUUAAAUAUUCCUAUUUUCUACUCCCCCUUAAAGAAAAUUGCAUGAAACUAGGGUUUUGUGAUCAAUAUCCCAACAUUCUGCCACGGCAGCAUUUCCACCAACAGAAUACAUGUGAUCAUUCUGCCUCUCCUCUUCCCAGCUCCCUUCAAACAACCCUCAAACACAAAACAUUAAUGUAACUCCCCCAGUCACUGUAAGUUGAAGAUGUGGAGCCCUUUAGAAUGGUUGCCCCAAUAGAGUUAGCCAAUGAGAAACUUUAUUUAAAUGCAUGUCUUAAAUGCUCAUAAAGAUGUUAAAUGGAAUUCGUGUUAUGAAUCUGUGCUGGCCAUGGAUGAAUAUGAAUGUCAUGUUUGAAUUCUUGAUCUCUAAUGAGCUAGUGUCUUAAGGUCCUGAUCCUCCAAUACCUAAUUUCCUUUCCAACACAUUUACCAAAUUGCUCGAGCCUGACUCUCCAACCAGACUUGGAGCCUGCAUCUUCUUGCAUCUAAUGAAAAACAAAAAGCUAACAUCUUUAUGUACUGUAACUGCUCAGAGCUUUAAAAGUAUCUUUAACAAUUGUCUUAAAACCAGAGAAUCUUAAGGUCUGACUGUGGAAUAUAAAUAGCUGAAAACUAAUGUACUGUACAUAAAAUUCCAGAGGACUCUGCUUGGACAAAGCAGUAUAUAAUAACUUUAUUGCAUAUAGAUUUAGUUUUGUAACUUAGCUUUAUUUUUCUUUUCCUGGGAAGGGAAUUAACUAUCUCACUUCCAGAUAUCCACAUAAAUGCUCCUUGUGGCCUUUUUUAUAACUAAGGGGGUAGAAGUAGUUUUAACUCAUCAGAACUUAAAGAUGGGCCUGUAUGAGAUAGGAGAACCAACAGGUUUAUCUGAAGGACCCCAGGCAAGACGUUAAUCUCCCAGCCCACCUCAACCCAGAGGCUACUCUUGAUUUAGACCUAAUCCUGACAGAGCUCUGUCAUGUCCAACUGGGAAUUACUGGAGCCAAAAAGAACAACCCUCUGGGCUUGGACCACUCAAAGUGUGAAGAGGCUGACUGUAUCUUGGGAAGUGGCAGUUCUGAACUUGCCACCUCUCAUCAGUGCCUAGUACUCUGGCAGAUGGUGAGGUGGGAGACUUUCCAUUCAAUCAAUCAGGAACAAGUCAAUAUCAGCCUUUGGUCUUUAGUCCGGGGGACUUGGGGCUGAGGGAAUAUAGCUAACCCUGGGCUGUCCAGCCUUAAUAGACUCCUCUGACAUUUUUGUCCUGUAGCAUGCUGCCUGCCAAAGUAGUCCUGGCAGCUGGACCAUCUCUGUAGGAUCAUUAAAAAGACAAAAAAAAGAAAAAAGAAAAAAAAAAAAGAAAGAGGGGGAAAGAGCAGGUGGUGUGAUCAUUUCUGCCGUGAUGUUUACAAGAUGGCAACCACCAAAGCUGAAUGAUUAACCUAUCUAUGAACAACAGUAGUUUCUCAGGGUCACCGUCCUUGAACCCAAACAGUCCCCUAUGAGCGUCACUGCCCACCAAAGGUCAAUGUUCAGAGAGGAAGAAUGAGGAGGGGUAGAACUGCAGGGGCCACUCCAAACCCGCUUAGGUAGAAACUAAUGGUGCUUGACUCUCACUAGGCUAAACUCAAGAUUUGACCAAAACUGAGUGAUAGGGAUCCUGGUGGGAGGAGGGAGGGCACAUCUCCAGAAAAGUAAAAAGCAAUACAACUUUACCAUAAAGCCUUUAAAACCAGUAACGUGCUGCUCAAGGACCAAGAGCUAUCACAACAGACCCCGCAGCAGCAGCAGCACAAACAUUGCUGCCUUUAUCCCCACACAGCCUCCAAGCGUGCUGACAUCAGAUUGUUAAGGGCAUUUUUAUACUCAGAACUGUCCCAUCCCCAGGUCCCCAAACAUAUGGACACUGCCUUAGCCUCUUGGAAAUCAGGUAGGCCAUAUUCUAAGUUAGACUCUUCCCCUCCCUCUCCCACACGUCCCACCCCCCAGGCAAGGCUGAUUUCUCUGAACCAGAAAAGCUAUUAAAGUUUGUAUGUUGUGUCCAUUUCGUAAACCCACUAAGCCAGGACCCUCCCCCACCCCCCAGUGCAAUGAGUAGUUCAUGAGUAUUCCUUGCAAAAUUCUCUCUUCUUUCGGUCUAGUAGAUUUUAUUUUGCUGUGAUCUCUUCAAACCGUGGUACCCACCUUUUCUCCCCAGGAUGAUAUUCAUAUAUGUAUCUACAAUACAUAUCUACACAUAUGGAAAGAAGCAGUUCUCACAACGUUGCUAGUUUUUUGCUUCUCUGUCCCUUGCCCUCCCCUCCCCUCAAACUUCCAAAGCUUCAUCUCAUGUUUGCUGAACAGAGUGAUUCGGGGGCUAACCUAGACCAGUUUGCAUGAUUCUCCUCUUGUGAUUUGGUUGCACUUUAGACAUGUCUGUGCCAUUAUAUUUGCAUUAUGUAUUUAUAAUUUAAAUGAUAUUUAGGUUUUUGGCUGAGUACUGGAAUAAACAGUGAGCAUAUCUGGUAUAUGUCAUUAUUUAUUGUUAAAUUACGUUUUUAAGCUCCAUGUGCUUAUAAAGGGUAUGAAACAUAUCAUGGUAAUGACAGAUGCAAGUUAUUUUAUUUGCUUAUUUUUAUAAUUAAAGAUGCCGUAGCAUAAUAUGAAGCCUUUGGUGAAUUCCUUCUAAGACAAAAAAUAAUAAAGUGUUACGUUUUAUUGGCUUC